GUCGCACGGAAGGAAGAGUAACAAUUGCGCAUAGAGAGGACAGAAGCUUCGUCUGGAAAAACCGGCUCUUGGAAAGGGUGUCGGGGGAUCGUCUGGAUCGUUGAACGAAUACAAGGGGAAAGGAGAAAGAGAGAUAGAGAGAGAAAGAGAGAGAGGGAGAGAAUCCUAACACUGAUAUCGACCGAGAAUUGCGCUUGCGUGGAAAAAGACUCGAGCGCAAUCGCUCUACAAGAGAGCAACGGCAAGUCGGGGGAGAGCUCUCUCGUUCUUCGUCGUUCCUCAGUCGAUUGUCGCACGGACGAGAACGGAUCCGUCGACUUCCAGAGAGUCCAACACUUCCGGUACUCGCCUGACCGAGCCCGGCGCUGGUGAUUCCAACGCUCACGUUUUCCGGAACCGACUUGGUCCCCCUCGGGACGCGACCUCGCGGAGGAGAGCUCGACUCCGCUCGGCAUCGCAUCGGGAAUCGUCAUUGUCAUCCGUUCGGGGAAUAGAACCCGGGUAGAGAACGGGUGGAGCGGAGCAGAAGAAGAGGGGCGCAAGCGUUAAAGGUAUAUCGGGAACGAUAAGAGCGCGAUAAGCGCGGGACCGCAUUUUAUAAACGUGCGCGUGUGCGCGCCACUUCUCUUACCUUUUCCUAACCGUUUCUCUCUCUCUCUUUCUCUCUCUCCCGCGCGUCUCUUGCUUUGGUUCGACCUCGCUAUCGCCGCGCCGAUAAAAGAAUCAAAGAUUUUCUUCGAGGACCGUUGUUAGUUCGGAAUCGUCGAUGGUUGGGAACGGUUAUUAAGAAGACUCGCGAGAAACCUCGGCGGUUGAAACCGAUAACGAUUGCGGUACUUGUCUCGCCAUCGGUUGCGGGAUAAUAUAAAGUGACAUCGAUGCCUGGCGAUGGUUUCGUUCAAUUUGAUUACACGUACGGAUAGUGAACUCAUAAGUAAUUGCAGUCCUUACGAAAUGGUCUUAUCGGUUAUCAAUGUUUGCUUAUAAAAAAUCGAUCUGAUAAAAAAAAAAAAGUAUUUUUCAAGUAUUAUAUUAGUAUUGUGUCACUUCUUCAGAGAAAUAUCUCACGUGUAAUCACAUAUUUAUCGGAGAUAAUCCCAGUCGACGCUUCCUGACGAUUCUUUGAACGUUGAAAAUAUAUAUAUAUAUCGAACCAUUGUUGACUCGAAAAGUAACCGCACGGCAAUCAGCAUGCAGCAGCAAACAGUUGUGAGCCAAGUAGCUGAACCCGAACAGUCGCAGGAAGCUGAGGUCGAGCAGGAAGUUCAAUUAACCGAAUUACUGCCGGUAAAUCAGUCGCGCAUCACGGAAGAUAUCUUUGAAGACACCAGUACGACCGACGCUCUGAAGGCGCUCAGGAGCCUCUCGGGCGACAACGGCGAAAGUUUCGAUCUGAAGGAGUUUGAGUUCAACGAGAACGUCGAGCAGUCGAAACAUGGAGACGACACGGACGCGAAUUCUCAGACGCGAAAGAGAACGUACGACAGCAGAAAGAACGCGGAAGACAAAGAAGAGAAUCCGAAGAAGGUUCGAAGAAGCAAGAACAUCUCCGCGAAAGCUCCGAAGCACAACAAGCUGACGAAAUCGAACAAGAGAAAUAACGAGACGACAGAAUGCGAUUACGAAACUGAUAAACAACACGGGUCAAUGAACGUCAAAGAAAGAACUGUCGAAAGACAGACGAGUUUCGAAAGAGAACGCAAUUCGAAAACAGAAGCGCAAAAAACAACAAAUAGCGAGAUUCUGCAGGACGUGUGCGAGAAGGAUCAUCACAUAGCUGCGAACGAUAACUCGGGCGUUAAAUCUGUUUCGCGAAAGAAAGUUAACAGAGAUAGAAAACAAAAUUGGAACAGCAACAAGGAAAUGACCGAGAACGACAAUUCCGAGCUCAGAAGGAAGAUCGACGAUAUUAUUCAAUCUAACAAUUUGCUGAACAACAACGUCGAGUUCGAAGAAGACGCUCCGGAGAACAUCGGUACCUCUUCUGUCGCGUCGACAAAAACGAAAACCGAUAACGGCUCUCGGUGUAACAAAUCGAAAAUCAAAAGAAAAAACGUGAGAACGGUAAAAGCCGAGAAGAAAAACGUCGAAACGAAGAAAACGUCGAUGCAGAAGAAGCAGUAUUACUGCGAGGAGUGCGAUCAGUACGUCACGGGCAUGUCCGGUUUGUGCGAUCAUCGCAAGGUCGCGCAUUCAAACAGAUACAAGUGCGACAAUUGCGGCGAGGAGUUUCGGUUGAAGGAACGAUUGAAGAAACACGUGCUCUCGCACAUGUACAAAUUGCGCAGCAGUCCGUACACGUGUAAAACGUGCUCCAUGACGUUCGACACACCGUGCCGUCUGGUGCUGCACACGAGGACUCACCAAACAAUGAGAAUUGAAAAGUUGGAGUGCGAUAUGUGCGGCAGUAAGUUCAGUCGCCGCGACUCUCUGCAGAAGCACAAAAGUUUCUAUCAUCACGGCGACUUCAAGUCUUUGGUGUGCGAGAUCUGCAAUAGAAGCUACAAGGGCCACUUGUCGCAGCACAUGAGAACGCACGCGAGAGAACGUCCGUUCGGUUGUGGCGAUUGCGGUCAACGAUUCGCUCAGAAAUCCCAGCUGACGGUUCACCAAAGGACCCAUUCCGGUCAGCGACCGUUUCGUUGCGUGGUCUGUUGGCAGGCGUUCGCCCACUCGACCGCGCUGAAGCUGCACACCCGGCGCCACACCGGCGAACGGCCGUUCAAGUGCGCCGAUUGCAACGCUGGCUUCACCCAACUACCGCACUGGAAGAAACACAUGAAAUGCGUGCACGGCAAGCAGAAUCCGUACGGAUGCAAGUACUGCGGGAGCUCGUUCAAGAUGAGGUGCGAAUACGACAGACACAGAAGCAUCUGCGAGCUGAGAAUGAAAGCGGAGGAGGACAACAGUGACGUCUCCGAGAAGUCGGCCGGCAGUUUUCAACACGAGAUCAUCGAGCGUUACUCGAACUUGAGAUACAAAAUGUCGAUAGAGAAGAUGCGAUUGUUGCUGGCCGCGUUGCUGAAGAGGAUCAGCAAGCAAGAACGAUUGGACGAACUCGGUUUUGGCAAACGUCUCAUCGACGACGUUCUUCAUGAUUCUCUCACGUCCUCGGGCAGAGAGCCGGUCACGAAGGACGACGGGCUGUCCGAGCUCGAGGCGCUUUCCCGUAACGUGGAGAUCUUUUUGGAAUGGACGGUGCCGAAAGAACACUGGAAAAAAUUUCGCGAGAUGAACAAAUCGACCGUGGAUAUUCUGGAAGCGCUCACGUCUAACAACUAAAAACACAAAAGAUACGUUCUCUUCUUUUUGACUCGAAAUUUUAUGACGUUGUGACAAAGAGAUCAAAUCAGAUAGGUAAUGGUAUUUUAUUUCGCACAUAAUUUUAUAGACGAAUGAAAAACGUUGUGUAUCUCUUAUCUAUUACCUUCAAUAACAAAACGCUAACCGACCUCUCGUCAUAAGAACCCUCGAGCUAUAAAACCGGUUUCAUACAACGUUAACCGCUCUUAAGCUCAUUGACGUGAUUAAAACCGGAUGAAACAAUCGCUAUGUAAACCGCCGAUAUCGGUGUUGCGCGUACUUCUCUCACAUUCAUGGGAUUCUUCUUUAUUACCGCGAGCUAUAAAAUACGUUGCACUGUGUUCUCUAUUUUCAUAUUUAAUUUGUAUUAACUAACGAACUUAAUUAAUAUAUCGCGUGCCAUGUUUCAUCACACUUGCCAUAUAAACCGGAGAGUAUUUAGAAAUUGUAUUAGUUCUCAUUUUUUUUUUAUUUCUAAGCGUAUAAAAGGUGCGAUAAGAAUUUAAGAGAGUGAAAACUCAUCGUCGAGGAGUUCGCGAAAGAGGACGUAAUAAAUCGACGGGAAAAUAUAUCUAUUUCGAUUACACACUACGGACUGAUUGAGCUAUGUAUAUAUUAUAUGUAUAUUCUCUUGCCAUAUCUAUCAAAAUUCGUAUACGCAUAUACGAAAUGCACAGUAGAAUAAUACGGUGAUUAUUUCGCACUCUUGUAUCUUAUUCUAAUUCUUAGCAAAAAGUGACUGUUGUACAACCAUAUACCAAAAAUCGAAGAUGAGGCUAUUACGAGUUACUUGCAAUUAGUUCUUGCAAUCGUUAUUACAUGUGUUAUGUAUGUUCUAUAUUUAUAAGGGAUUUACACACAUUAUAUAUAUAUAUAUAUAUGUAUACACAUUUACAUAAGUCAAAUUAUUAUAUACAUUAUCGGUAUAUUCUCUGUUAAAUGUGUUCACCGGUUCCCCUAACCAGGAAUACCUGGAAAACUUUGAUACGUUUUCUGCGGUGCGGCGUUCCCAUUUUUUGCAGUUGAUGCAAUUAUUCAUUAUUUAUACACUUUAAUCGGCCGCGGAUGAGCAAACACGUCACUAGGCCGCGCCAUUUGCUGUUAUUUGAGAUAUGUAGCUUAGCUUAACUUAGAUAGUAAGUAAAAAAUGUGAGCAGACAAUAAUGAAAGAAGGUUGCAAGAAUAGUAUAUUUGAACGAAAAAAAAAAAAAAAGAUAUAUAUUAUAUACAUAUUAUAUUAUCCAUAUACACACACACA